CAAAUUUGAUGUUAGAAAGAAAAGAGAACAGAGAACAUGAAGAUGAGUCGUGUGUUUCUGGUCCUGGGCUUCGUCCUGAUCAUGGCGCUCUACUCAGACGCUCAGCCUUUAGCUCUGGCACAGUCUGAGCCCUGCUGUUUUGAGUUUUUCACUAGCAAAAUUCCUCCCCAAAACAUCCUGCAGGUUAAAGAGACAGGCUCGCACUGUUCCCAUAAAGGCUUCAUUGUUACUACUCCUAAAUUCUCCAGCCUGUGUGUUCGUGAAGUCACCGCCAAUCGAAAAGCUACACCUUAAUGCUGAGAUGCAACGCACACACACAUACACACACACACACACGCCUAAUAAACUUCAAUCUUCAACCAUUUAUUCAUUGCGUUCAACUUUUAUCAACCAUUUAUUAUAAUGCUUAUGGAUGUUCCUGUUGCUUAAU